CACCAUAUCUCUCCACUUGGCCGAAUCAGGCAAUUUGGGGUACCCGAGACCUUUCUGGAGUUCCCCCGAGCUGACAGGCCUGUCUCCGCAAUCGCGGGUGAAGUCGGCUGGGGCAAAUCAUGUUCACGCUCGACCAUGCCGAUCAAAGAUGAAUGAGGCACAGUCCUUCAGCAGACGCUCGGGUCGUGUAGCGACGGAGCGAGGAUAUAAGCCCGUCAGCGUACAAGAUGAGCCGUGGGAAGCGCGGACAAUUACCGGCGCACCCGCAUCCCUGGAUCGUUCUACAUAAUAUAAGCAAGGUUCCUGCAAUCUUGGACUCAACAAGAAGAUUCUUUUCAUCUCGGGGAAAGUCUACAAGAACAUCGAAAAGAGGGGAAAAAAAAGAGAUAAACAAACUGUCCAUGUCCGCCGCAACAGCACGCAUCGCAAGCAGGACAUUUGCGGCCCCCCUCCCGCGCGCCGCGUUCUCCACAGCCCCGUCCCGGGCGAACACGGGCGGCGGCCCCGCGCCGGGAAAGAACAACAGCACCAGCAACAUGAAGAACAACAGGCCGAGCGGGGGUACGGUCGAGGUUCCCGUUUUCAGCCUCCGGCACAUCACAACAAGCUCGCGGGCGCGGUACUGGCUGAUGGCCGGGUUCUGCGUCCUCGGGAGCGUCGAGAUGUAUGGGUGGUACACUUUCGGACCAAAGAUUUUGGGGUGGGAGGAAGGAGGGAGGGGGGGUGAGAAUUUUUAUGAGGGCGCUUCGAGGAGGAUGUUGGUGGCUGAACUCACUGUAGAUCAGGCCGGCACUGAUUCCCAAAGGCAGGCCAGGCCAAAUAUAUAACUUGGUAAAACGACGCAGCUCAAUAUAUUUAUGCGUGAAGCCGCACUUCGAAGAAGAGAUGAAUGGACUU